UCGUUUUGUUAUGUCCUUGUUGCCGUGGGAUUGGGAGAUUGCAGAUUCCCCCAUCCGUACCCACUCGAAGGAGCAAUUAGUUCAUCAUCGUUAACACUCGGGAGCCUCCAUUCGUACUUCCAUCGAUUAAACCAUGCUUGUCGAUCUCUUCAAGUCCCUCUUCCUUAUUCUCGCACUUGCACCCUGUCUUUACAGAAACCUAGUACUCGGUUCCGUCCCAGAAAUCAAUGGCUCUCUCACCUACCUCUGGCCUCUGCCCUCAGAGUUCACCUUCGGUAACGACACGCUCUCCGUUGACCCCAGCCUCUCGCUCACCUUCGGCGGAAAAGGUGGCAACUCCGGUAUACUCAGUGCGGCGUUUGACAGAUACAGAGCGAUUGUGUUCAAACACAGCGAUGUGUUUUCUAUAUUUAGUAGAUUCAGGGGAAGGAGAUCCGUGUACGAUAUUAGCGAGUUGAACGUCAUUGUUCACUCUGAUAGCGAAGAACUUCAACUCGGCGUAGAUGAGAGCUAUUCUUUGUUUAUUGCGAAGAAUGACGGGCAGUCGAUUAUUGGGGCAACGAUUGAGGCAAAUACUGUUUAUGGCGCCUUGCGAGGAUUAGAGACUUUCAGCCAAUUAUGUGCUUUUGAUUAUGGAACUAAGUCAGUACAAAUAUACAAGGCUCCUUGGUACAUCCUAGACAAACCGAGAUUUCCAUAUCGCGGGCUUCUUCUGGAUACUUCGAGGCACUUUUUACCGGUUGACGUGAUUAAGCAGAUAAUUGAAUCUAUGUCCUAUACUAAACUUAAUGUCCUUCAUUGGCACAUCAUAGACGAGCAGUCAUUUCCUCUUGAAGUACCCACCUAUCCAAAUUUGUGGCAAGGUUCAUAUACCAAGUGGGAACGUUACACAGUUGAGGAUGCAUACGAGAUUGUGAACUUUGCCAAAAUAAGAGGUAUCAAUGUCAUGGCAGAAGUGGAUAUCCCUGGUCAUGCAGAAUCAUGGGGUGCUGGAUAUCCUGAUCUCUGGCCUUCUCCUUCAUGUAGAGAGCCUCUUGAUGUGACAAAAAACUUCAGUUUUGAUGUUAUCUCUGGUAUUCUGACAGAUAUGAGAAAAAUUUUCCCCUUUGAGCUCUUCCAUUUGGGUGGUGAUGAAGUUAAUACAGAUUGCUGGAGCUCUACUCCACAUGUUAAACAAUGGCUUCAGGAUCGAAACAUGACCACUAAAGAUGCCUACCAGUAUUUCGUACUGAAAGCUCAAGAAAUCGCAAUUUCAAAAAGUUGGACCCCUGUCAAUUGGGAAGAAACCUUCAAUACAUUUGCUGCAAACCUUAAUCCACAGACUGUAGUGCAUAACUGGUUGGGCCCUGGUGUUUGCCCGAAGGCAGUUGCGAAGGGCUUCAGAUGCAUUUUCAGCAAUCAAGGCGUUUGGUAUCUUGAUCAUUUGGAUGUCCCUUGGGAUAGAGUGUACACUGCUGAACCACUAGAGGGAAUAAAUGAUGUUCACAAGCAAGAGCUUGUGCUUGGAGGAGAAGUUUGCAUGUGGGGUGAAACAGCAGAUACAUCAGUUGUUCAGCAAACAAUAUGGCCUCGAGCUGCAGCAGCUGCAGAGCGCUUGUGGAGCAGGAGGGAGGCUAUAUCCACAGGAAAUAUUAACUCAACUGCAUUACCCCGGUUGCAAUACUUCCGAUGUCUCUUGAAUAGGCGCGGGGUUCAAGCUGCCCCCAUCACAAAUAAGUAUGCCCGAACCCCUCCAAUUGGUCCAGGGUCAUGCUAUGAUCAAUAAUAUUUCUAUUGUGAGACCAAUCAUCCCAUAUAUCCCGCCUAUGGAAUCGUGGGCUUGGUAAAAAUUAAGAUCAGUAUUGACUGUGAGGUAAUCUCUGAAAUCUAUUAUUAGUGGUUUGGUAUUGAUGAUGUUCGUGCUGUUGUUGUAAUUUACUUGGAAUAAAUAAAUGUGUUCAGUUUUAUCACUA